AUGGCAUCUACGGGGCCUUUAUACCUGGGCUUUGACCUCUCAACCCAACAACUGAAAGGGCUGGUGGUGGACGAUAGUCUCAAAAAGGUGCACGAGGCUAAAUUUGAUUUCGAUGCCGACGCCAAGGGUUUCAAUAUCAACAAAGGUGUUCUUGUCAACGAGGCCGAACAUGAAGUGUUUGCUCCCGUUGCAAUGUGGUUGCAAGCCAUUGAUACUUUGUUGCUUAGAUUGAAAGAUGAUGGUCUCGACUUCAAAAGGAUCAAGGGCAUCAGCGGCUCGGGGAUGCAGCAUGGCAGUGUAUUUUGGAACGCAGAUGCAGAGCAACUGCUAGCUCAGCUCGAUCCCGAGAAGACAUUACAGUCACAGCUCGACGGCGCCUUUGCUCACCCAUUUAGUCCAAACUGGCAAGACGCCAGCACGCAAAAGGAAUGCGACGAAUUUGAUGCGGUUUUAGGAAACGAGCACCAGCUAGCAAACGUCACGGGAAGUAAAGCACAUCAUCGCUUUACCGGUCCACAGAUUCUGCGGUUUCAAAGAAAGUACCCCGAUAAAUACAUCAAAACUUAUAGGAUCACGCUCGUGUCAUCGUGGAUUGCUACCGUGUUUUUGGGCAAGUUUGCCCCGUUUGACAUUUCCGACGUAUGCGGCAUGAAUUUGUGGGAUAUCAAGGCUGGGAAGUGGAACGAGAAACUUCUCGAACUCGCCGCCGGACCAUCUGGCGUGGACGCCCUCAAAAAAAAACUGGGCGAUGUCCCGGAGGACGGUGGCAUCCAUCUGGGCAACAUUUCGGACUACUUUGUACGCCGACACGGCUUCAGCUCGGAUUGCACCAUCAUCGCAUCGACGGGAGAUAACCCGUCGACGAUCCUCGCCUUGCCGCUCAAGAAGAACGACGCCAUAGUCUCGCUGGGCACGUCGACCACGUUCCUCAUGAGCACGGCCCAGUACAGGCCCGAUCCCGCGACGCACUUUUUCAACUCCCCCACCACACCGGGACUGUACAUGUUCAUGCUGUGCUACAAGAACGGCGGCCUGGCGAGGGAAAAGGUACGAAACGCGAUCAACGCACAAGCCGGCGUCGACGAUACAAACUCAUGGAGCGCGUUCGACGAGAACCUCCUCUCGACGCCGCCGUUGGCCCAGGACGACCCGAGCAAGACGCCGAUGAAUCUGGGCCUGUAUUUCCCCCGACCCGAGAUCAUUCCCAACCUGCCCGUGGGCGAGUGGCACUUUGAAUACGACCCCGUGUCGGACGAGUUGAAGAGGAGCCGGGGCGUGCCGCGGUCGCCGGAACAAGACGCCCGGGUCAUCGUCGAGAGUCAAUUCUUGUCGCUGCGGCUGCGGUCGCGGGACCUCGUCCACUCGCCCGGCCCCGGACUCCCCCCGCAGCCGAGGCGCGUGUACAUGGUCGGCGGCGGCAGUCGGAACAAGGCCAUCGCCCGGGUUGCGGGCGAGGUGCUGGGCGGGUCCGAGGGCGUGUUCAAGUUGGACGUGGGUGAGAACGCGUGCGCGUUGGGGGCCGCGUACAAGGCCGUGUGGGCCGUUGAACGGGACCCGGGCGAGACGUUCGAGGAUCUGAUCGGCAAGCGGUGGAGGGAGGACGAGUUCGUCGAGAAGAUCGCCGACGGCUACCAGCCCGACGUGUUUGAGAGGUACGGCCGGGCCUUGAAGGGGUUCGAGAUGAUGGAGCUGAAGCUGUUGGAGGAGAGGAAGGAGGGCAAACUGGAUGAAUGA